AUGAAGCGCGUAGAUUCAAGCUCGAGCGUCUCUUCGCUUCCUUCACUUCCUACCAUCAACCAAGGCCUGGCGGGGUCCUCAAGCAACGCGGGUCACGGUCGUCGGAUGUACUUGGGCACCCAGGAUGACGACAUGGAGGUGAUUGAGUCCGACGACGAAGAUCGCAUCAUGCCUUCCUCUCCGACGUCCACUUCUUCUUCGAGCGCGCAUCAGUACGGUCUCUCGGCUGCAACCAAGUCUCAGCGACGCAGGUCGGCGCGUCGCACCGACUCGUACAUCCUCACGACCGCUCCUUCGGCCGGCUCGCCUGGUUCCUAUACCUAUCACUCUACCGUUGAGGACUCUGCCGAGGCUGGUCACUCGACCGAUGCCAUUCACGCCUCGCUGGUGCUUGCCCGCCAUAUCUUCUCCGUUGCUGUCACCGAGAAGUGGUGCAGGCCAGACAACUUCUCCAACGCGGUCGCCAUCCGUGUUCAAAUCGGCAGCUACAUCCUCUAUCCGCAGGAAGGUUCUUCCAUGCCUGCUUUCUCUCGAGCCAUGUUGGAGCUGAACUGCGAUGCUGCCAUCAUCGUAACCACGCCUCUUGUAGCUGCAGCCCUCUCCACGCUCAACGCAGGGGAGAACGAGAUCCGCCUCAGCUCCUCCAAGAGAGUGCAGGUGGUCCCCAGUCUCGACUACCUCGGUGGUGCGCGUCGUGCUCAGAUGGCCGCCUUCUCCGACACGGAGCAGGUGCUCGUCAUCUGGACCGAGUCCUGCCGAGACCUCAUCGAGCAGGUGCGUAGCUUUGAGCGCCUGCUCGUCGACUACGUCUGGUCCAUCACUGUUGACCCCGCCGCGUCGGCUCGCAACAGCAUAAUCUCGCGUUCGCCUUCGCUCAUGUCGCUCAACACCACGAUCCAGAGCCAGGUGGUUACUGCCUCCAACUCUGCCGAGACGGAUCUCUCGCAGCUCGAGAACUACGUGCCCGAAGUACGAAAAGUGCAUCACUUUGCCGGCGCUGUGCGUGGUCUCGGUGUUUGCAUGGCCACCGUCGUGGUCGCUAACUGGAUCCGCAACAUUGUCCAGGCAGUUCGACUUGACGGCGAGCCGAUCUACCUUGUCGCGCUGUUGGCCAUCUUCCCCAUGUGGGUCGUCCUACUCCCCCUCGCCGACAAUGUUGCCAGCUGCGUCGCUAUGGCGCUGGGCCCCAUUCGUCCCAUGAUGCGCAACUCACGCUUCCACUCUGGUGUCACGCCGGAGGCUCCCCUAGGCAAGACCAUCCUUCCACACGUCACCAUCCAGAUGCCUGUCUACAAGGAGUCGCUCAAGCACGUUCUGCAGCCGACGCUAGACUCGGUGCGCGCUGCCAUCACCGAGUACGAGCUGCAGGGAGGUACCGCCUCGAUCCUCAUCGCCGAAGAUGGCAUGCUUGUCGUCGACGAGGAGGAGAAGCAGGCGCGUCUCGACUUUUACCGCCGCCAUGACAUUGCUUGGAUCGCGCGUCCUCGCCACGGCGACAUGUUUGUGCGUGCUGGUCGCUUCAAGAAGGCUUCCAACUUGAACUUUAGCAUGCAGAUCUCCAAGAAGUACGAGGAUUCCAUCCUUGCCAACCCCAACCAGGACCGCGAGGCUCUGCUUCAGCGCAUCCUUAAGGAUCGCCACCCUCAAGCCGACGGCGAAGGCGACGUGAGCAUUGGUGAGCUCAUCUUGCUCAUCGACUCGGACACGCGUAUCCCUGCCGAUUCGCUCCUUCCUAGUGCCUGGGAGAUGGCUUCAUCGCCCGACGUCGGUAUCCUGCAGCAUUGCUCUGGUGUCCUGAUUGUUGGCUCUGGUUUCUUCGAAAAGUCGCUUGCCUACUUUAUGCGCUUCGUCUACUUCUUCAUCUCGUGGCAGACGGCUACGGGUGAGGUCGCUCCUUUUGUCGGCCACAACGCUUUCCUCCGCAAGUCGGCCAUCGCUGAGCUCGCCGAAGAGUCGCUCAGUGCCAAGAACAGCGACGGCUACAUCCAACCCUGGUCUGAGGAGACCGUCUCGGAAGAUCUUGACCUCGGUCUGCGCCUCCUGCUGCGCGGCUGGAUCACUCGAUGGGCUACGUAUUCCAACUACGGCUUCCAAGAGGGUGUUUCUCUCACCUACAUCGACGAGGUCAACCGUUGGCGCAAGUACACGUACGGCAUCUUUGAGCUCUUCCUCAACCCUUUGUGGCGAUGGCCGGUUCAGGGUCCGGUGCCCAAGCUCAUCCGCACUGUCUUCUGGUCGAACAAGGUCCCCACCCACUACAAGUUCCAUCUGCUUGCGUACGCUGCCAGCUACAUCGCGAUCGGUGUUUCACUGCCUAGUGCUCUCGCUCUCUACUUUGUUCAAGGCUGGUUCGGUCCUUGGCUGCUGCCCUUCUUCGUUUCGUGUUUCGAAUACUGGAUCGUCUCGCUCGUCGUCUUUGGCGCGACCGGCUUCCUGGGCGUCACCAUCGCUCGUCACCGAAGCGGCGACGCCAACAUCUUUGUUGCUUUCGGCCAGCAUCUGCUUUGGUACCCGAUGAACAUGAUCACGGUGGUCUCGCUCUCGUUUGCUCUGAUCAAGUCUAUGAUCUCGUACCUGGUCUCUUUGCCCAUCUCGUUCGGUGUCACUGCCAAGGACGACAGCGAGUUCCAUUUUGCCAAGGAGGCCCCGCUGGUGCUGCGCCAAUUCUGGCAGUCCAACACGAUCUGCGUUGCCAUCGUGGCGGCGGUCAGCGUGCUUGCUACCUCGGCGGUACCCAUCGGCUGGCAGAUCGCCGACUGGACCACGAUCCUGCCCAUCAUGUUCAUCACAGUGGCCACGCUUUUGUCACCGUUCAUCCUCAACCCUGCUCUCAUCCGGUUCUCGUUCUGA